AAAUCUGUUUUACCGCCAGAGUAAUAAUGAAUUAAUUUGAAAAGAAACCACAAACAAUAAUAUGGCUGUCAUGGAAGCACAUGAUGCGGGUGAUGUACUCGUUGAUAAAUUGACUCGUUUAAAAGUAUGCAAGUAUAAUAGUGACAGUUUAUAAUAAUAAUAAAUGUUGUGUUAUGGAAAAUGACAAGAAUGUUAAAAUUAGUCAUAAGGAAUGGAGAAAAGUGGCUAAAAAAUUACGACGUAAACGGUUGAGACGUAAAGCCGCUCAGCUGAGAGAUUUUGAUGAGGAACAACUGAAGGCGGCGUUGGAAAGAAGCGCGGGAUAUUUGAAUUGGGUUCAGGAGCAGAAUAAAUUACGCGAGGAAAAAGAGAGAAGGGAGAAAGAGGAAUUGGAAGAACAGGAAAAACAGUGGCUGGAAAAUGAGGUUAAGGCACAAAAAGAAUGGCAGGAAUUACAAGAGCGUAAAGCUAAAGCACGAGCUGAACAAUUUAAACAAGAAGAAAUAAUACGAAAAGAAUUUGAAGAGAAACAGGAAGCGGCGAAGAAGAAACGGGAGGAAAUAAAACGUCUGCAGGAGGAGCAUCUUGAACGGCAAGUAGAAUUUGAGAGAGAAAUAAAUAAUUAUAUUGAUAACGGAGCUAAAACUCCAGAGUCUCUGAGGUUAAUUAGCGAAACUCAUCCUUCGAAAGACCCCUGUGUGUUCUUUAGUAAGACGGGGGCUUGUAAAUAUGGAGACGCUUGCUCUAGGAAUCACCAAAGAAAAGCGCUGACGAAAGUGAUCCUCAUUCCGGGUUUCUAUUCUCAUUUUUCGCUGGAAAAAAAUUCCAAUGAGUAUGACACAGAUAUAGGGCUAGAGUUCGAGUCUUCGGAGACACGGAGACACUACAGGGAAUUUUAUAAUGACGUUGUACCUGAAUUAGAGAGUUUUGGGCGGAUAAAAACACUCAAGUGUUGUGUCAAUCGCGAUAUUCAUUUGAGGGGUAACGUGUAUGUUGAGUAUUACACAGAGAGAGAGGCUGCGAGAGCUUGGAGGAAGCUGAGGAACCGGUGGUACGCCGGCAGGCAGAUAAAUUGUGAGUUUGCUAACAUCAAUUCUUGGAGAACUGCCGUCUGCGGGAUGUCUAAUUGCCCUAAGGGAAGACUUUGCAAUUUUAUCCACGCCUUCAGAAACCCCAGGGAUGAGUACGAGAUAAAAAGUCCGCCCUGGUGGGUCACCAAGGCUGAGAGAGAGUCGACGAGCUCGAGGAGAGAUAGGAUUGACUUUGAAGAGUCGGUGAGAAGUCACGGGGACAAUCACAGGCAUUGGAGGUGGUCGGAAUCUCCGGAAAUGGAAGUUGACAGCUCGAGGAAGGAGACGAGUGAGGAGAGACGCAGUGGUUCCAAGAGUGAGAGACGUUCUGAGUCAGUUCGCAGCUCGAGGUCUGAUAGAUAUUCAAAGUCUAGGCGGGAGUCAUCUAGAUCCAGCCGCGAUUCGUCUAAAUCGAGGCGCGAAUCCAAGUCGAGACGAGAGUCAUCUAAAUCGAGACGGAAAAGUAAAAGACGCAGCGAUUCUGAAAGAGAUUACAAGUCCCGUGAUGAUAAAGAAAAUGGUGACUGCAAAAAAAAUAAACGUCACAAACGAUCGAGUAAAGAUGAAGUAGAUUCAAAAAAUUCGGAUUGUGAUAGAGUUGAUGAUGCAGACAGACCAGCAAAAGUCCAACGCUCUGAGUGGGAUACAACGGAUUCUGAAAAUAGUUCAUAGCUCGUACUUAUAAUUAACAUUAAAUUAUUUUAUUAUAAUAAAGUGUACAUACAAAGCAGACCUUUAAGAUAAAAUUAAUUUUUUUAAAUUAAAAGUUGUAAUAAAGGAGCGAAAUCUAAUUUUACAUUCGGGUUUUUGCUAGAACAAUUUAAAAUUCCCGCGCUUCCUUAUUUUUAAAUUUAUAAUGAUCAUAAUAUUGAGUUUUUUUUUUUGUUACUUUUAUUUUAUUUAUUUAUAACAUCCGGGUUUUUGAUUUAUUAUUUAUUUUUACGUGGAAUUUUUUUUAUCCUGAAAAGUCGAGGAAGAAAUUUGAAUAUAAAUGGAAGGAAAAAGUUUUGAGACAAAACAAGUCUAAAAAAAUCAAACUUGUCAUCCUUGACAACAAAAUUCAAAUGUCAAGAUCAUCCGCGAUUUUUUAUUUUAUAAUCACGGGGAUAAAAAAUGAACAUAAGAAUUAUAAAAUCAUUUUUUUUUUAUUCAAGAUUACAAAAAAAAUUUACCGAUACUAAAAUUCUACAGUUGGGAUUUUUAAAAGCAAUUUAAAAAUCCCAGUGCGCAUGUCUAUUCAAAAAACUAGUGAAUCGUUUUACUUUUUUUUUAUUUUAAUACUAGUGUAAAUUUAAUCUUAAUUACUAAAUUACAUUAAUUAAUACAAAACUCGUUUUUCAAAAUCAUUGAGAAGCUUAAAAAAAAAUCGA